AUGGACAUUCCCCAAUCGACGGGAUCCGAGCUGAACGAGGAGGAAAUCAAGAACACGAAUGGUGAUGUCACCCUCGACGAUGAAAUGCGGUCGCAUGUUCGCCUUCAAGCGAUACGGAAGAACCCCUGGGCGUUUGCCUGGUGCCUCUACGCCGUUUCGACGCUUCUCCUGGCCGUCUACGAGGACCAAGCGUCAUACGCCAUUCUGGGGAUACCAGGCUUUCGAAGAGAUUUCGGGUCGUACUACGAAGGCAGCUAUGUGCUUGCAGCCUCGUGGCAGUCCGCCUUUCAAGGCGCUCCCAUCGCGACCCGCGUGGUGGGUGCGCUGACGGCGGCGCCAGUAGCGGACUACAUUGGCCGUCGCAAAACCCUCAUCGUUGCCGUGGCGCUCUCCCUCGUCGCAAUAACGAUGGAGUUCGUGGCCACGACGAACGGUCUUUUCUUUGGUGCGAAGCUCCUGAGUGGCAUGGCUGUCGCUGCCAUCGAGGCCGUCUGCGGAACUUACCUAGCUGAGGCACACAAUAGUAUCGUCCCGACGGCUCUGCGUGGACUCAUGACCGUGCUUCUCCCCUUUGCUGCGGGAUUUGGCGCCCUGGUCGCCGCUCUGAUCAUCAACAGCAGCGGCAAUCAGCCCGAUCGGUGGGCGUACAGGACCGUCUUUUGCAGCCAAUACGCCUUCGCUGCCGUGCCAGUCAUCUUUAUCUGGUUCAUGCCCGAAUCACCGUGGUGGCUCUUGAGCAAGGGCCGUGAAGACCAGGCGCUGAACUCGCUGCAUCGACUCGGCUACAGCACGUCCAGCGGCGAGGACGUCAAACGCAUGGCCAGCAUCAAGGCGACACUGGAGCAGAUCCGGCAAGAAACGGAGGGUGUCACAUACCUCGAAUGCUUCCGCAGGUCCAACCUGCGCAGAACCAUCGUCGCCACGGCGCCGCUUUCGGUGCAAAUAUGGAGCGGCAUUGUCUUCACGGCCCUGUAUUCGACCUACUACGCCCAACUGGCCGGGUACAGCACCUCCAUGUCGUUCAAGCUGCUGGUCGUGCAACAAGUGCUGGCCAUGACCGGCAACAUGAUGUCCUGGACGCUGAUCGACCGGAUCGGCCGCCGCGGGCUCACCGUGUACGGCACUCUGGGACUGACACUCCUCCUCUGGAUCAUGGGUGGGCUGGCUGUCGGCGGGUCGCGCGCCCAGCUGAAGGGCGCCGUCGCCAUGGUCCUCCUGUACACGUGGCUCUACAACCUGACGCUCGGGGCCACCGCGUACACGUACCUGACCGAGGUGGCGACGGCGCGGCUGCGGGCCAAGACCAUUGCGCUCGGCCUGGCCACGCAGAGCGGUUUCGGCUUGAUGUGGAGUUUCGUGCUGCCGUACCUGUUCAAUCCGGAUGAGGCCAACUUGGGGGGCAAGGUCGGGUUUAUCUUUGGCGGUGUGGCGAUUCCGUGUGUCGUGUUUCUGUGGUGGUACCAGCCCGAGACGGCCGGGCGGUCGUACGACGAGCUGGAUGAGAUGUUCAUGAAGGGAGUCCCUGCGAGGGCGUUUGGAGAGUAUAAGACCGAGGCGCGGGCUACGAGACAACAACUCGUGAGAGGGAGUGCGUCUGUAGACGGGCCUCCAGACCACAUACCUUGCGUUUAG